CGCUGUCCGAUCGAUCGUAAUAGCAGAGAAGAAGGCGACGGCAAUACCCGCACGCUCGCUCUGUCGCUCAGUUUAUUCUGUUUCCAGAAAUGUCGCUUUUCCUCGCCGGAAUCCCCCCUCUCCGGAACUUCUAAUUAAGCCGCCCACGAGGAGCGAUGAGGUGCCAGAAGCACGAGUCGGAUAUCAGUAGCGGCGUCGGCGUCUGCGCCACUUGUCUCCGUGAGAAGCUAUUCGCUCUCGUCGCCGCCCAGUCCCGCCAUAUUCUGCAGAAACAGCUUCAGGCUCCGGAGGAUCGCCGGAGAUCUGACGUCGAUCGUCCGCCUUUGGUUUUCCCGCGAUCCGUUUCACCGUAUGUAUCUCACCGGAACUCGGAUUCUUCCUCCUGCCACCACCACCACCACCGCAGGUAUGGCAGUGUUGCGGAGCAGAGAUUCUAUUUCACUCCGGAAAUAGGUCCGAACGGGAAGAUAGACGAGGAGAACGAGUAUUAUUGCGAGAUGACGAAGAAGAAGAAGAAGACGAAUUACAGGUUUUCGUUUUUUAACAAUCUGUUUAGAUCCAAUCCCGAUAAGCGGAAUUCGGAUGCUGGAGCGUCUAAUUCCGGCGAUCCUUGCAUCGAUUCGUCGUCUUCGGCCUCGUGGAUAUCCUCCAUUCUCGGAGGUUGCCGGAAGAAGCAACACUGUGCUUUCUCGGUAGACGAAUCAGCGACGGAUGCGAAGCGGAGAUCGUGCCGCAAUUUCGACAGAGGACUAUCUCCGGUGAGGUAUUGUGAAGAUUUCGUCCACGAACACUGCGGAUACUCGUCGGAGUCUUCGCAGGGGUGGAAGCGAACGCCAAGGAGGACGCCGGCGCUCGCCCCUGGGCGGAGAGCCAUGGUGCCCCGGAACAUCUCUGGAAUGACGUUCUGCCUGAGUCCGCUAGUUCGCGCUAGCCCUAACAGGCAAUGGAGCCAGAAGAAUAUACCGCCGGAGAUGACGUACGCCGGCGAUAUAAGAGCUCCGGCGAAGUCUCCGAUGAUGCUUUGCAAAAAUGGGUCGAAAAAGAUGGCGGAUUUCGGAAGGGUGAAUCGUAACCGCAGAUAUCGUAACAGCUGACAUUUGAUAUUGUUAGUUACGUACUUUGCUAUGAUUUCGCCCAUUUCUGUUUUAUCAUCUCGGGGAUAAGUAAAUCCAUUUUCCACUAGACCACUUCUACCACAGUAAUCUUUUUUUCUUACUUUGAUCGUCUGCUAUUAAACUUGCUUAAAUUGCCUUCUUUUAAUACGGAGUAACAAGUAAAAAAACUAGAAUAAAUUUUUAAAAUGAUACUCAAUAACUAUGUAUUUUUUUUAAUUAGUCAUCAAAACUAACUUAUUUCCAAAAUAGGACUCGAUAAUUGAGAAUAAUGCUUAGUUCAGCUC